CCCGACAGCAUCUGGGGCGACGAAGACGAAACCAUUGUUUAUGCCCAAGCACUGGGACAAGGAAAGGCAAUAAUCUUCCGUUUCCAGCGGAGCCAACACAGCUUGCCCCAGUCAUUGCCCAGCCGGAUUGUCUGCUGCUAUCACGACCUCGAGGUACCGGAUGGGGCAUUCACUUUCCAGAAUCGCAACUCAAUGCGAAGCGCUCUAUGGUCUGCCAUAGCCACGAUUUGGCCUCAUUGCAUCAUGGACCUCGCAAUUGCCCAGGAGAUUGUCUGGAGAGCUUACCAAGAACCACUCUUUGAUCAAUAUCUCACGCUACUUCGUGAUAUCCAGCCAAGCGACUUGGUCGCUCAGGGCCAUUCUCCUCGUAUUCUUGACAUGUCCGAGAUUGCCCUACUCGAGGCAUUGGGCGGCAGAGGCUGCUCCAAGCGGGUGCAGUUCCAAGAUGCAGGGAAACUAUCGACGCUUGUCUUCAAAGGAAUUGAUUUUCAAACAUACCUGCAACUUCACGAUGACGACGACGAAUUUGCCCGCACCACGGUCGAUGUUUGGAGAUGCUCCAGCAAACUAAUCGCAAACAUGCCACGCCACCCAAACAUCCAAUCGCCACCACUGAACCUGGUAUCGGUUCGCGACUCCAAUCAGAACCCCGUGCUUGUUGGUCAUCUAUCGACUUAUUUCGCUGGGGGUGAUCUUGGUAACGCAAUUGAAGCAGCCAAUGCAAGAGAAUCGCAGAUUUCCUUGCAGCAAAAAGCUAAAUGGUGUCAUCAAAUGUGUCUGGCGAUAGAGCACACUCACAGGGUCGCGCAUACUUUCCACAUGGAUAUCAAGCCCGGGAAUUUCAUUAUUGACGACCAAGGGAACCUGAUCCUUAUUGACUGGGAGCAAAACGGUGCACCAACAACUACACUUGCCCCCGAGGCAGACGGGACCUGGGACGUGGAAGAACAUGAUAUGAAGGAGAAGGGAUCGACAAAGCUGGUCUACACCAAAUAUACGGGCCCAGAACGUCGGAAUAUGCCGGAGGGCAGUGGAAAGGAGAGCUUCAAUGUUUGGAAUGUCUUUCCAGAGUGGCAAGUGAGUUGUCCUAAAGCUCUUGAGCUGGCAGAGGUGUUUGCGUUAGGGAGGACCAUGUGGAUGCUUCUGAGCCAGAUAGCCAACAGCUUUGACGACAUUGAUCACCCCGAUGAUGUUCAGGUCACCUGGACAGAGAAGAACGACCUCCCAUCCCAUUGGAUCAAAAUCGUGGAAAGUUGCAUGAAAGUCGAUCCAAACGAUCGUCCAUCGUUGGAAAACUUGACAGAGUUC